UUAAUAAGUUAGAGUUGAACUUGCUUUUUCUUUCUCCUCCUCGGUUCAUUCCAGGUCUGAGAAUUCACGCGUGAAUUGGGAGAGAGCUGAAUACUGGACUACGCCUUCUUCUUGAAAUGACAAUGCAGCAUGUUUAUGUAAGAUGCACAAGCCUUGGUGAAAAUGAACAACAUGGUGUACAGCAUGCCUGUGAAAAGCAAUCCCAGGAGAAGAUCAUCAUCUCUAAUGGAAGUCCGUGGAAACCAUGGCAACAUGGUCGAUCACAGAUCAGAGGGUGUGUAAGGCGUAUUCAGACUGCCAUGCUCUCUCUGGCUGGGUUGGAGUGGUACUGUUAUGCUGCCUUGGGAGUCCUCACCGCUCUCAUGAGCUUCUGCAUGGACUUGACGAUAGCCAAGCUCCUGCGAGCACACCAAUGGCUGUAUGGUUGUCUGGAGGGUAACAUCCUGCUACAGUUCCUGUGCUGGACUCUGUACCCUACCUGCCUCUGUGCUCUCUCAACCAGCUUCUCUCACAGCAUCUGCCCCCAGUCUGCAGGCUCAGGUCUGCCUGAGAUUAGGACCAUCCUCUCUGGUGUGCAUUUGCCAGACUAUCUCUCUCUCUCAAAUCUCUUUGCUAAGCUCAUCGGUCUUAUCAGCACACUGUCAGCAGGUAGCACUGUGUUCCUUGGAAAAGUGGGUCCAUUUGUCCAUCUGUCAAAUAUGCUGGGAGCAUACCUAUACCGUUUUUAUGCCUCUGCUUGUGGUGAUAAGCAGAGGAGAACUCAAGGAGAAAUGCUGGUCGUGGCAUCAGCAGUGGGCGUGGCCAGCUGUUUCGGGGCUCCAGUCAGCGGAGUGCUUUUUAGUAUUGAAGUCAUGGGCAGUCACUAUUCCAUGAGAGAUUACUGUCCAUGUUUCUUUGCUGCAGUCUGUGGUUCACUCACGUACCAUCUUCUCUCGGUCUGCAGCAGAGAACAAGAAACAGUGCAAGCUGUGUUUAAGACCAGCUUCCCGAGUGAGCUCCCAUACCAGCCACCUGAAAUAUUGAUCUUUGCUUUCCUGGGACUGCUGUGUGGAGCUGUAAGCUGUGUUUAUCUCUACAGUCACCGGUGGAUUCUCCGUUUUGUCAGAACAAACAAAUUCAUUAGCAGGUUUAUGGCAACAGAAAAGACGUUAUAUUCAGCAACCGUAGCAUUCCUUCUGGCAUCAGUGACCUUCCCUCACACAGGGGGAUUUUUCAUAGCUUCCCGGCUGACGAUGAAGCAGCUAAUCACCUCCCUGCUAGAUAGCACUCAGUGGAACUUAAUUUCCCACAAUGCUACAUUAGCACAAGAAGCCCCUCAUUCUCUUUGGCAAGAGUGGAGUCCACCUGGAUACAGUGUUUAUCACACACUUGGAUGCUUCCUUCUCAUUAAGCUCUGGUUAUUGGUCUUAGCCUGUACCUUACCCCUGCCUGCUGGCUACUUCAUGCCUGUCUUUAUUUAUGGUGCUGCUUUAGGCCGUUUGUUGGGUGAGGGAUUGGCCUAUCUCUUCCCAGAUGGAAUCUCAUCAGGGGAGAGGCUGAGUGUGAUAAACCCAGGGGGCUACGCUUUAGUGGGAGCAGCAGCUUUCGCAGGGGCUGCGACACAUACUCUAUCACCUGCUCUAUGUGCUCUGGAGCUGACCGGACAGUCCACUCAUGUUGUUCCUAUUCUGACAGCUACAUUGAUAUCCAAUGCUCUGGCACGUUCCAGGCAUCAGCCCUCCUUUUAUGAUGGUAUAUCGCUCAUUAAGAGACUCCCGCACCUGCCCUCUCUAAUCAGAGCCUGUCCAAAGCUGUCCUCGAUCCAGAUUAGGCAGUUUGUCGUGCCGGUAGGGGCCGUGCUUCAACGAGCCGAGGGAGUGACGGGAGUACAGCGUGUCCUGAACUCCAGCAAAGAAAAUGAGUUCCCCGUAGUUGACACACAUGACUCUCUCACACUUCUAGGCACCGUCACGAGAACACAACUGCAGACUUUCCUGCUCUCAAACCAAAGUGAGGAUUUGUGCAAAAGCCUGGAGGAUGAGUGCUCUAUUCAACCUGUUAAGCUGCAGCUUUCUCCUGACACUACAGUAAAGCAGGCCCACUGCAUCAUGAGUGUUUUGAGAGAGCAGUGUGUGUUUGUCACAGAGAUGGGAAAGCUGCAUGGUGUCAUUACAUGGAAAGAGAUGAAGAACAUGAUUGAAGAGCUGGCCAAGGAAAUCUGAUGUCCAGUCGAACAAAGAGCACUACGUCAUAUACUAACACUUCAUAGCUCAUUAAAUGGAUAAUUUCCGCUAAUCACGACCUCAAAUAUUUCAUCAAGCG